GACAUCCGUUCAUAACCAUUUCUCAUUCACAAAAAAAAAAAACACAUAAUUUCACCUAAUUAGCUUCCUAAAGUUGAAGAAAGAUGUCAAGAAACCUUCCCAGCUACACUUUAUUAGCACUCAUUUUGAUGGGAGUUAGUUUGGUUUUAGGUUUUGCAAAAGCAGACGUUCAAUGCAGUGAUGUGAUAUUGAAGAUAAUCCCAUGCCAAAAUUUCUUAAUGAGCGGAGAGUUGUACCCUAGUGUUGCUUGUUGCAGUGGAGCACAAGCUCUUGACAAAGAAGCCGCGGCGUCUCAGCCGGACCGUCAAGCUAUAUGCGGCUGCCUGAAGUCUGCUGCACAAGCUUUCCCUAUAAACGUUGAUAAAGCAGCACAACUCCCUACCCUCUGCAAACUUACUACCAAAAUACCCAUCAACCCUACAGUUGAUUGCUCCAAGAUUUGAAGGACAAGUGGAAUUCUUAGCAAGGAUUUGAAGAAGUGCUAUACCAGUUUUUUUCUAUGAAUAUAAUGUGGUGCUAAAGGACUCUAACUACACUAUCCCAAAUCCGUUUUAAAAUUACGAAAAUAUGGUUGAAGCUUAGUAAAUCUUUGUUUCUGAUCCAU